AUGGGUAAUGCGACGAGUUGGCUGUCACAGUCACUAUGCCCAGAGGAGCAGGCGCUGUGGGUCGCGGCCAAGAGCGGUGACCUGGCGGCCCUGAGCGAGGGUCUAGCGCGUCUGACGCCCGAGACGCGCUUCUACUCCGAGUGGCGGGACCCUGUGUACGGCUACUCGCCUUUGGCCAACGCUUGCUCGCAAGGUCAUCUACACUGUGUACAUGAUCUGCUCGCAUACGGCGUAGACUGUAACGCGCGGGACUCUCAGGGCAACACACCGCUACAUAUCGCCACAGCAUGUGGGAAGAGCGAGGUGGUGCGGCUUCUAUUGGAGACACCGGCGGUGGACUAUUUCGCCAAGACGUCAACCAAGGCGCAAACAGCGCUGGACAUCGCUCGUCAAGCAUACAGAGUGUCGGACGGACGGGGGCUCACGUAUAUUCAGUGUGUGGAGCACAUCGAGAAGAAACUAUGCCUGUACUCGGGCUGGCUGUAUGAAAGGGCGGACAACUUUUUGUCAAUUGCUUCAGGCAUUUCUGGUCUGGAUUCUUGGAAGAAAAGGUAUGCGAUGGUGCUACGAACUGCAACUCCAGACGUCGUUGAGAUCGAUUUAUUUCCAAUGAAACCUGGAGAGAGACGUCCGCCGGUACCAAGCUCUGAGCUUUUGUACAGAACGAACGAUGGCAUUCAGCUGAAUGACACUUCCACAUGGCUACAUCGAAAGGAUUUUCGACUAUCACUGAAGGUCUCUAAGAAGCAGGAUACGAGUCGUGCGUCGGCAGUCCAGUCGAUAGAUUUCGCUGCCACGAAUCAGGGCGAACUCGUCGCGUGGAAGACAUUUUUAACAAGUCUACGAGUACCUCAACCGGCUCAACCAGCGCGUCCUGCUUCCACUUCUGCUCAGAGCACCAGCUGUACUCAAACGGCAUUACAGGAACAACGCGACUUAGAGCGAGCUCUUCAAUUAUCGCUUGAAGAAUCUCGACGCCACUCUAGAACUCAGUCGGCGCCCUCUGCUCCACCUCCUUCCGACACAAUGCUAGAAACAUUGGGAAACUCUGAGACCGUGGUGGGGCCAGAUGGAGUGGAGAUUGUGCAACUUAUUCGAGACGAUGAGGCAGCGGUAGGCCAAGGCCCACGCCCUACAGCAUUGAGCUCACCCGUCAAGAGCGUCCCAGGACAAAGCACGGUAACGCAACACAUGAACGAAUGCGUCAUCUGCUUCGAUGGUCCGCAAGUAGCAGUUUGUGUCCCGUGCGGUCACAAUGCCGUCUGUAUGGACUGUGCGCAAGAGCUUCUUGACACCACACGGCUCUGUCCUGUGUGUCGACAGCAAGUGAGAGAAGUCAUUCGACUCUACCGUGUUUAA